CCUGAGACUUUUCUGGCGCUGGUUGCCGCUUCGGAAAGGACGGCGGCCGGAAGUCAGGGCGCGUUUUAGUUCGCGCGGAUCCCGGCGGUGUGAUGCGGUACAAUGAGAAAGAGUUGCAGGCGCUGUCCCGUCAGCCGGCAGAGAUGGCCGCCGAGCUAGGCAUGCGGGGCCCCAAGAAAGGCAGCGUGGCCAAGAGGCGGCUGGUGAAGCUGGUGGUCAACUUCCUCUUCUACUUCCGCCCGGACGAGGCCGAGCCCCUCGGAGCCCUGUUGCUGGAACGCUGCAUAGUGGCCCAGGAAGAGCCCGGCGGCUUCUCCAUCAGCUUUGUGGAAGACCUCAGCAGGAAGUAUCACUUUGAAUGCUGUAGCCAAGAGCAGUGUCAGGAGUGGAUGGAGGCUCUUCGCCGGGCCAGCUAUGAGUAUAUGCGACGAAGCCUCAUCUUCUACAGGAACGAAAUCAGGAAGAUGACAGGCAAGGAUCCUUUGGAGCAGUUCGGCAUCUCCGAGGAGGCCAGGUUCCAGCUGAAUAGCCUGCCUACGACGCACGGGCGGACUGCUUGUAUUGGUUCCCAGCUAGAUGUGUUGGACUGACCUUUGCCUGGCCUCUGGCUAUCUUUGAAGAUGUUUUUUGGAAAUGUUGUUCAAAGCCAGAGGUCCGGAGGAGGUGGGCAAGGGCUUGGAUCCUUGUUCCCAUGCCAUCUCCCUGCCAAUACCCUUGAGUGCCCCCAACUGGGGACUGAGCCUGGCACAGCUCCCCUGUCCAUUAUUGGGUGAAUGUAUCAUGCUAGGUAAAGCUGUGAACCCCACUCCUGCUGAGAUAGAGCAGGCCAUGGUGCCGGCCUUCAGUGCUGAGCCCGCUCUAUAAUAAAGGUACCCCUUUUCCAAGCCA